CCCGAGACAGUUGUGCUGAUGAAGUGGUAGAGCUGGUUCCUGCUCGCCGCGGUGCCGCGCGCGCCGGCCGGCCGCUGGGCGCUCCGCGCUCCCAGCCUCGAGUUGUGCAAUCCUUUGUAGCACGCCAGAGAGUCCUCCUCCUUCGCUGUUGCCUCUCGCCCUCUUCUUUUUUUUUUUCAAGCUGUGAGCUCAACCGAUGAGUCAGAGCCGUGCAAUCCUGACACUGCAUCGCAGGACUGGGGGUGACACGGAGGGAGGGAGAGUGCUCGCGAGGCGGACAGCAGGGGCGCGCCGAAGCUCCUGCAUCGUGAGCGGGGGGUGACAGCCCGCGCGUCCCGCCCGGGCCCUGCCAGCAAACUUCCAGCCUCCGGGGUGCGGGCUGGCGAAGCCCCGCGAGCGCCGCGGGGAGGCGACGGCGCCUGUUUGUUUUUAAAAUCGGGAGUGCGUGCAGGCGGCUGGAGUCCCGGAGGCGACCUAAGGCGGCGGCCCACGGUGGAAGGGGGACAGCCCAGGCCGGAGCCCGGGCAGGAGCUGGGCACCAGGACUCUGUGGAGCAUCAUGAACUGAGAAGAGUAACUGAGCCCCAGAGCCUCUCUGGAAGAGGAAGGAAGAGCCGGCAGUUCUUUAUCCCAGUGCCCGACCACAUUGUCCAGCAUCUUCCUCUGCCCCUGCUCUGCCCUCCCUGGCCCCUGGACUAGAGCCCAGCUUCCAGCAGGACAUUUCACCAGGGGAUGGGCGACUGGUGAAGUGGAUCUCACUGCCAGGGCUCAGUUGGCCACAUCAUGAACCUCCAGGCCCAGCCCAAGGCUCAGAACAAGCGGAAGCGUUCCCUCUUCAGCAGCCAGGAACCAGCUCCCAAGGAGCAGCCCCCUCCCCUGCAGCCCCCCCAGCAGUCCAUCAGAGUGAAGGAGGAGCAGUACGUGGGACAUGAGGGCCAAGGAGGGGCAGCCUCCACCUCUCAGCCUGUGGAACUGGCCCCUCCUAGCAGCCUGGCCCUGCUGAACUCUGUGGUGUAUGGGCCUGAGCGGACCUCGGCAGCCAUGCUGUCCCAGCAGGUGGCCUCAGUAAAGUGGCCCAACUCUGUGAUGGCUCCAGGGCGGGGCCCAGAUCGCGGAGGAGGUGGGGGUGUCAGUGACGGCAGCUGGCAGCAGCAGCCAGGCCAGCCUCCUCCCCAUUCAACAUGGAACUGCCACAGUCUGUCCCUCUACAGUGCACCCAAGGGGAGCCCUCAUCCUGGAGUGGGAGUCCCGACUUACUAUAACCACCCUGAGGCACUGAAGCGGGAGAAAGCAGGGGGCCCACAGCUGGACCGCUAUGGAAAUGUGCGGCCAAUGAUGCCACAGAAGGUGCAGCUGGAGGUAGGGCGGCCCCAGGCACCCCUGAAUUCUUUCCAUGCAGCCAAGAAACCCCCAAACCAGUCGCUGCCCCUGCAACCCUUCCAGCUGGCAUUUGGCCACCAGGUGAACCGGCAGGUCUUCCGGCAGGGCCCACCGCCCCCAAACCCAGUGGCCGCCUUCCCCCCGCAGAAGCAGCAACAGCAGCAUCAGCAGCAGCAACAGCAUCAGCAGCAGCAACAGCAGCAGCAGCAGGCGGCCCUACCCCAGAUGCCACUCUUUGAGAACUUCUACCCCAUGCAGCAGCCACCCUCACAGCAACCCCAGGACUUUGGCCUGCAGCCAGCUGGGCCACUAGGACAGUCCCACCUGGCUCACCACAGCAUGGCACCCUACCCCUUCCCCCCAAACCCUGAUAUGAACCCAGAACUGCGCAAGGCCCUCCUGCAGGAGUCAGCCCCGCAGCCGGCGCUACCUCAGGUCCAGAUCCCUUUCCCUCGCCGCUCUCGCCGCCUCUCUAAGGAGGGUAUCCUGCCUCCCACUGCCCUGGAUGGGGCUGGCACCCAACCUGGGCAGGAGCCCACUGGCAACCUGUUCCUACAUCACUGGCCCCUACAGCAGCCACCACCUGGCGCCCUGGGGCAGCCCCAUCCUGAAGCACUGGGAUUCCCGCUGGAGCUGAGGGAGUCGCAGUUAUUGCCUGAUGGGGAGAGACUAGCACCCAAUGGCCGGGAGCGAGAGGCUCCUGCCAUGGGCAUCGAGGAGGGCAUGAGGGCAGUGAGCACAGGGGACUGUGGGCAGGUGCUACGGGGCGGCGUGAUCCAGAGCACGAGACGGAGGCGCCGGGCAUCCCAGGAGGCCAAUUUGCUGACCCUGGCCCAGAAGGCGGUGGAGCUGGCCUCGCUGCAGAAUGCAAAGGAUGUCAGUGGCUCUGAAGAGAAGCGGAGAAGUGUAUUGGCCUCAACUACCAAGUGUGAGGUGGAGUUUUCUGAGCCUGCUUUAGCCACCAAGCGAGCGCGAGAAGACAGCGGGAUGGUACCCCUCAUCAUCCCAGUGUCUGUGCCUGUGCGGACUGUGGACCCAACUGAGGCAGCCCAGGCUGGAAGUAUUGAUGAGGAUGGGCAGGGUCCUGACCAGAACUCCACUGAGCACAUGCCAUCGGUCAUCGUCACCCGCAGGCGGUCCACCCGAAUUCCUGGGACAGAUGCUGCAGCUCAGGCAGAGGACAUGAAUGUCAAGCUGGAGGGGGAGCCUUCUGUGCGGAAACCAAAGCAGCGGCCCAGGCCGGAGCCCCUCAUCAUCCCCACCAAGGCGGGCACUUUCAUCGCCCCUCCCGUCUACUCCAACAUCACCCCAUACCAGAGCCACCUGCGCUCUCCUGUGCGUCUAGCUGACCACCCCUCUGAGCGGAGCUUUGAGCUGCCCCCCUACACACCACCCCCCAUCCUCAGCCCUGUGCGGGAAGGCUCUGGCCUCUACUUCAAUGCCAUCAUAUCAACCAGCAGCAUCCCAGCCCCUCCUCCCAUCACGCCCAAGAGUGCCCAUCGCACACUGCUCCGGACUAACAGUGCUGAAGUCACCCCGCCUGUCCUCUCUGUGAUGGGGGAGGCCACCCCAGUGAGCAUCGAGCCACGGAUCAAUGUGGGCUCCCGGUUCCAGGCGGAAAUCCCCUUGAUGAGGGACCGUGCCCUGGCAGCUGCAGACCCCCACAAGGCCGACUUGGUGUGGCAGCCAUGGGAGGACCUAGAGAGCAGCCGGGAGAAGCAGAGACAAGUUGAAGACCUGCUGACAGCUGCCUGCUCCAGCAUUUUCCCUGGUGCUGGCACCAACCAGGAGCUGGCCCUGCACUGUCUGCACGAGUCCAGGGGAGACAUCUUGGAAACGCUGAAUAAGCUGCUCCUCAAGAAGCCCCUGCGGCCCCACAACCAUCCACUGGCAACUUAUCACUACACAGGCUCCGACCAGUGGAAGAUGGCCGAGAGGAAGCUGUUCAACAAAGGCAUUGCCAUCUACAAGAAGGAUUUCUUCCUGGUGCAGAAGCUGAUCCAGACCAAGACCGUGGCCCAGUGCGUGGAGUUCUACUACACCUACAAGAAGCAGGUGAAAAUCGGCCGCAACGGGACUCUAACCUUUGGGGAUGUGGAUACGAGCGAUGAGAAGUCGGCGCAGGAAGAGGUUGAAGUGGAUAUUAAGACUUCCCAAAAGUUCCCAAGGGUGCCUCUUCCCAGAAGAGAGUCCCCAAGUGAGGAGAGGCUGGAACCCAAAAGGGAGGUGAAGGAGCCAAGGAAGGAAGGGGAGGAGGAGGUGCCAGAGAUCCAGGAGAAGGAGGAGCAGGAAGAGGGGCGAGAGCGCAGCAGGCGGGCAGCGGCAGUCAAAGCCACGCAGACACUACAGGCCAAUGAGUCGGCCAAUGACAUCCUCAUCCUCCGGAGCCACGAGUCCAACGCCCCUGGGUCUGCCGGUGGCCAGGCCUCGGAGAAGCCAAGGGAAGGGACAGGGAAGUCACGAAGGGCACUGUCCUUUUCAGAGAAGAAGAAAAAACCAGAGACAUUCAUUAAGACCCAGAAUCAGGAGAACACUUUCCCCUGUAAAAAAUGUGGCAGGGUGUUUUACAAGGUGAAGAGCCGCAGUGCGCACAUGAAGAGCCACGCGGAGCAGGAGAAGAAGGCUGCGGCGCUGAGGCUGAAGGAGAAGGAGGCUGCCGCUGCCGCGGCCCACCAGCAGGCCCUGCAGGAGGAGAGCGGCGCUGGCGCGGGCGACAAGGGCUGAGCUCCUGGGCCCGGCCCUUCCCGCACCAACACCAGUGCCCGCAGACACCCUGGCACCUCAAGAGGGAGUGAGGAGAGGAUUGCAGGGACUUUUCCCUGUGAAACAAAUGAGACAAUGAAAUAAACGGCUCUUUUAUUUAUGAAGGCCCCGGGAGCAGCGUUAAGGGCUGCAGGAUCCAGUUCUCUUUGCAUUUGGUCUGUCGGAAGUUGUCUUCGUGCUUUCUUGGACCUUGCUUUCUUGGACCAGGAGAGUCCUGGUCUUCUCGGGAGGGGCUCCGCCGCCUCUCGCACUCCGAUCUCUGCUGCUGUCUCUUCCCUCCUCUUUGCCUCCCCCCUCCCCUCUGCCUCCAGGAAGCCACCGUGGCCAGCCAAGCACAAGCUCACCCCCGUUGCAGCAGUAUUCCUCCUCCCCAGAGGACCUUGAAGGUUGCACCGGCCCUGCCCCAAGCCCCAGAAAAAGGGACUCUUGGAGGGAGUAUGCUGGCUUCUCCGAAAAGGGGCGGAGCCUGACACCUGUGCUGUCCCUGCAGUGUCCAGGCCUGCCUGAGCUGCACCCGUGACAGUGUCCUGAGUGGCCACCUCCUCCCUGGGAGGGAGGCCGCGACAGGUACUCUCCCUUUGCUGCUUGCCGGCGGUGCUGCUGGGGCUAGAAAGUUUUCUCAGCGUUGGGGAAGGGGCUAACGUUCUUGUCAAAGCACUCAUCCUGCUGCCGGGAAGGGAGCUGUACAGAGGCUGGAAGCUGCAGGGCUAGGCCGGAGAGAGCUUUUUACAAGCCUGGCUCUUCCUGCUUCCCACCUUUUUUGCCAAAUACCUUUGGGUCCUGGAGGCUGCCAAGGGUUCUCCCCCUUGAGCAGGUGCGGGAGAGGCUCAGCCUGCUCCUCCUGGGGGCCAGCCUCCUCGCCUCUGCCCUGCCCUCAGCAGCUAUACCUAACCCCACGGCACCCCACCCAGUGUCGAUAUUCACAGCCCAGUCCCUAGGCCUGCAUGCUGGAGAUUUCUGGAUCCUUCCCUGGGAGGAAGAGUUCUCCUAACUCAAUUAGACAGGAGCCUUCAUUCCUUGACUCGUGUCAUUUGGGAGCUAUUUAUUUAUUCUUAGUAUUUAAGUUUUAACAUCCUCUCAGGGACCAGGGGCCUCCUGCUUUUCAGAGGCCCAAGUGCAUUUAUCCCAAAAGGAGGCAUCUUCUUGACAUCCCCCAUCCCCAACCCCCUGAAUUCCCAAGGCCCUAAGGUCCCUUGCCUGGUUGCUCUGGAAGCUCUUGCCAAUAGGAAUGAUAGCAACACUGGAAGAGGGUGGGAAGGUGGAGGGUGUCAGCAAGGGAGAUCAAAGGCAGUUCUUGCUGCCCCUUCUCUGGCUGUGCUUUGCCUGAGGGAAUUGGCAAGAGGCCAGAAUUCUAGUUUUGUUUAUGGGGCCUGGAUUCUGGCUUGAAGAAGCCAUAUUUGGCAUGGGUGAAGUGAAAGGGCCAGGAGGUUAUGGAGGCCCCUUCAUUUCCAGUCCCAUAGCGGGGCUGAGCUGUUUUUCUGAUCUGAUUUUUCAAUUUGAGUUGUGCAAAAUAAAUUCUAAGUGAGUGCGUGUAUGACAGCUCAACAUGUUAGGAAGGAGCCAGAAAGUAUUCAUACUGCUGCUCCUUAUGAGAAAGCCAAGAAGCAUCCGGUCAGUAACUGGGAGUGGAGAGGGAGUUUUGUUUUGAAACUAUGCACUGUCAGGUAUUUUUCUGCAUCCAUUUAUACAUUGAUGUGGUUCUGCAGGACCCCGCCUAUGGAAGUAACAAAUUUCUUCCCCCCCUCACUCUUGGAUGACUACCUAGAUCCCCAAUUUCCUGGUUAGUUUCUUCCACAGGCUUCCAUGAGCUCAGUGUCCCAAGACAGCAAAAAUCUGAUACACCCUCUAGAAGCAGGGGAGUAGCAAAUUUAGGUUCUGUUCGAAAUUAUUUGUAUAAUACGAGUGCCUUUGCAGCUUAGCCCCAAAGUGCUACUUAUGUUUCCCAAGGUUUUUUCUAUUCAAACCAUAUUUGGUUUCAGGCCCCUUUAUGGGCAUAUGGUAACAGAAACCUCCUUCAUUCACAUGAGACCCUUUUGAUGGGCAUAUGGUAACAGAAACCUCCUUCAUUAACAUGAGACCCUUUUGUUCAAUGGUAACAUCUAGUACUUGGAAAUCUUUUUUUUUUUUU